AUGUUAUUGCUACACUUAAAUCCUUCAACAAAAAUCCUUCCCCCACCGACUCUCGCCACUACGCAUCACAACCAUCGCUUCCAGGAUUUCCGUGCUUUCGCUGGCGAAUUCCUCACUUUCCGGACAGAAAGUAAUAAAUAUUCUCUCUUUUGUUUAAUUCUCUCUAUCUCUGUCUUUCUGACUUUCUGUCUGUCUGUCUCUCUCUCUCUCUCUCUCUCUCUCUCUCUCUCUCCAUCAGUAUCCUUUGAUCUUAUUUCCCCCUUAUUACACCAUUUUCGCCUGGCUUUUAUCUAUGGAACUCAUCCUCCAAUAACAUCUCCUUACACUUAUUUCACCUUCCUCUUCUUUUCAACUCUCCUUCGCCCACGACUCUUCUUUUGGACUCUCCUCCGCCCGCGACUAUUCUGUUCGACUCUCCUCCGCCUACGACUCUUCUUUUCUCACCCACUCACAAUUUGCAUUAAUUCUGUCUGUCUUUGUCUUUCUUACUUUCUGUCUAUCUAUCUAUCUAUCUAUCUAUCUAUCUAUCUAUCUAUCUAUCUUAUGCUGUUCAUAUUUAUCUCCCUCUCUCUCGCUCUUAAGCUGUUCAUAUCUAUCUAUCUAUCUAUCUAUCUAUCUAUCUAUCUCAAUCUGUUCAUAUCUAUCUAUCUAUCUAUCUAUCUAUCUAUCUAUCUAUCAAUAUCCUCUGAUCUUAUUUCCCCUUAUUACACCAAUAACAUCUCCUUAUACUUUUUACACCUUACUCUUCUUUUCAACUCUCCUCCGCCCACGACUCUUCUGUGCGCCUCUCCUCUGCCCACGAGUCUUCUUUUUCGACUCUCCUCCGCCCACGACUCUUCUGUUUCUCCUCUCCCCACGAGUCUUCUUUUCGACUCUCCUCCGCCCACGACUCUUCUGUUCGCCUCUCCUCUGCCCACGAGUCUUCUUUUCGACUCUCCUCCGCCCACGACUCUUCUGUUCGCCUCUCCUCUGCCCGCGAGUCUUCUUUUCGACUCUCCUCCGCCCACGACUCUUCUGUUCGCCCUCCUCUGCCCACGAGUCUUCUUUUCGUCUCUCCUCCGCCCACGACUCUUCUGUUCGCCCUCCUCUGCCCGCGAAUCUUCUUUUUUCAACUCUCCUCCGCCCACGACUCUUCUGUUCGCCUCUCCCUCUGCCCACGAGUCUUCUUUUCGACUCUCCUCCGACCACGACUCUUCUGUUCGCCUCUCCUCUGCCCACGAGUCUUCUUUUCAACUCUCCUCCGCCCACGACUCUUCUGUUCGCCUCUCCUCUGCCCACGAGUCUUCUUUUCGACUCUCCUUUGCUCACGACUUUUCUGUUUGCCUCCUCUGCCCACGAGUCUUCUUUUCAACUCUCCUCCGCCCACGACUCUUCUGUUCCUCCUCCUCUGCCCACGAGUCUUCUUUUCAACUCUCCUCCGCCAACGACUCUUCUGUUCACCUCUCCUCUGCCCACGAGUCUUCUUUCGACUCUCCUCCACCCACGACUCUUCUGUUCGCCUCUCCUCUGCCCACGAGUCUUCUUUUCAACUCUCCUCCGCCCACGACUCUUCUGUUCGCCUCUCCUCUGCCCACGAGUCUUCUUUUCAACUCUCCUCCGCCCACGACUCUUCUGUUCACCUCUCCUCUGCCCACGAGUCUUCUUUUCAACUCUCCUCCGCCCACGACUCUGCUGUUCGACUCUCCUCCACCUACGACAUUUGUAUAG